GAUCAACUAUCAAGUUGAAGAAAGUUGCCAUGGUACAAGUACUAGCUAGUACCGUACAGCCCAUGCUUCAAAUCCUUCGCUUCCGUGCGAGGGUCCUUCGCAAUAAAAAAAUUGCAUCACUUCACUCGAAGAGCGACCAAUAGCCAAACUCGCCCCCAGUCUCACAGAGGUACCGCACCUAAUAGUAUCGAACCGCAGAAGAAGUACUACCAGAUAGCUAGCAAUUACAAACAAAGCAGAACCAGACCAUGCUGUCCGCACUGAGUAAAUUGAACGCCACCAAAGCCACAACCUCCGAGACAGACAAGAUGUCGGACAAUAACAUUGAUGAGAACAUGAGCUCCGACUACAGCGACUUGCAGUCCGAAAAGGUAUCGAUGCGACGACUGGCUCGCCGGCAAACUCGAGCCAUUCACGGCCUGCGGCUCUGCUUUUUGAGCUUGCUCUUGGUCACUGGCGCUGUAGUGGCCGCCUCGGUCUUUUUGUAUACCCGCAACGCGCAAGAAGCCACCUUUUCGACGUUGUUUGAAGAUGCCGCCUUGGAAAUCAUGGACAAGUUUCAUGGCACAGUGGAGAAGAACCUGCAAGCUUCGACGACGCUCUCCAGCUACAUUACGUCCUAUGCCGUCCAACACAAUCUGAGCUUUCCCUACGUUACGGUACCCGACUUUGAACUCUUUGGUUCUCAUCUAAGGUCCGUAUCGGGCAGUCACAUUGUGCAUUGGAUGCCCUUUGUGACAGACUUGCAACGAGAAGAUUGGGAAGACUAUGCCGGGGACAAGCGAUUCCAGAUUGAUGACUCCUUUGUCAGGGAUCAACGGUAUCGAACCUUGCAGGAUGAAGAGUUUCACGUCGAUACUACUAGUACCUCCAACAACCAGAACGCCACCAAAGUACCGGUACAGGCUCCCAAGCAGGACUUGUCUGGGGUGACCAUUCUAGACGAUGGGACAGGAUACCAUCCAAAAAUCUUUAGUAACCAAAAAGGGGUGCCCUCGGAUGAUUCCGUGGGAGCGGGACCCUUCAUGGUCUUGUGGCAAAGAAGUCCCAUCAACCAUGCCAAGCAAAAGACCCUCAACACCAAUUGGGCCAAGCUACCCAUCUUGGCUCCGGACCUCAUUGGGACCAUGACGCGCGAACAAAAGGCUCUCAUCAAUACAGCCUCGGUACCUCCAAGUGAUUACUUUAAGGCCGGUCAAGAAAAGAAUCUCAAGCUUUCCCAAUACCGUCAAGACACGGAAAGCUUAAUCAAUGGUCCCAGUACCUACUUGACUUAUCCUGUCUUUGAUUCCCUACUCGCCUCCUCGGAAUCCAGAUCCGUCAAAGGCGUCUUGGCCACCAGCAUCUAUUGGAAAGUGCUGUUUUCCAAUCUCUUACCGGCACACGGAGCACCGCAGGGUAUCAUUUGCGUCGUACAGAAUUCCUUGAAUCAAUUCUUUUCCUUUCAAAUCGACGGACCGCAGGCCACGUUUUUGGGGUUUGGGGACUUUCACGAUCCAUCAUUUGAUGCCUACGAAUACGCCGAGAGCAUUCAUUCCUACUUGGACGCCCGGGCGGGACCGCGGAAUCGACCCUACACAUCCGUGUCGUUGAGUGACUCGGUCGAAUACACGUUGCGGGUCUAUCCUUCGGUGGAAACCCGCGAUGAAUUUGUCACCAACGAGCCGGUGGGGUUCAUGAUGGCCUUUGUGGCGGCAUUUGUCUUGGCGUCUGUCUUGUUUGUGCUCUUUUCGUAUCUAGUGGAAAGGCGACAAGAAAUCAUGAUGGAAAAAGUCAUUACCAAUGCCCAACGUGCCGCCUCGGCCGAGCGAGAGCUCAACGAGUUCAUGUCUCAUGAGGUCCGAAACCCGCUCGCCGUAGCCAUGACGGCAUGUUCCUUUGUCACAUCCGCUGUCAUGGAUGAUCCCAAGCAGUUGCUGGAGGAUGCUGAAACACGCCAAGAUGUGUGCAAUGAUCUGCGCGUGGUCAACUCCAGUUUGAACUUUAUCAAUGACUUUUUACGGUCCAUGCUGGAUACCCAUCGAGCAUCCAGUGGCAAAAUCAAAAUCAACAUGGCACCCACGGAUGUCCUUCGCGAUAUCUUGCAACCCGUCGCGUCGAUAUUGUACAAUCGUGCUUCCAACUUUCAACUUCUGGUGGAGUGUGAUCCCACGGAUUUGGUCAUUAUGAGUGACAAGAUUCGCCUGAAGCAAGUUGUUCUCAAUUUGGCACGCAACUCUACCAAGUUUGUGCAACAUGGAUACGUUCGUCUGAGGGCUGAAGUGGACCCUGUAACGAAUCAAUGCCGUAUCUAUGUCGAAGAUUCCGGUACAGGCAUUCCCAAGGAGAAACGCAAAACUAUCUUUGACAAGUACCAAGAAAGUUUGGAUUUGCUCAGUCAGGGCACGGGAGUGGGUUUGUGUCUCUGCAAGAAACUCAUGCAUUUGAUGGACGGUGAUAUUUGGUUGGAUCAAGACUAUCACAGUUCUUUGAAGGGACUUCCUGGAGCCCGGUUUGUGGUGGAAGUCAAUGCCGCUCCUCUGGACAUUGAUACUGCUGUUUCGAAGACCAUGCGCAAGGAUGACGAUACCUUUGCCACCAUGGCCGAAACUACAAGGGCUUCUGUUGAGGGCACUGCUAUGCCAGGGGUUAGACUCUUGGAUGAUUCCAUUCGGAUAUCGGAAAUGCAAGACAGCAAAUCCAGCUCGCCCGCAUCUAGCGAAGUAGAAGGAGAGGCGGAUUCAAAGAGUACCCCGGUCCUUCCCGCCGCUCCCAUGGUGCCGCCGAGUGAACCAAGCCUUGCCCCAUCUUCGAGUACUAUACAGCCAUCUCCUUUGGUUUCCUCGCCAUCUGACAAGCCCCCCGCGGCUGCCCCGCAAGGCCUACUUCCGCAAGGUCUUUCGGUCCUCUUUACAGACGACGACGCCAUGCUUCGAAAACUUUUUGUUCGUGCGACGAAGCGUGCCGUACCAUCGUGGUGCAUAGAAGAGGCGUCCUGUGGAGAAACGGCAUUGGAAAUGUGUGCUUCCAAAAGCUACGAUUUGAUAUUUAUGGAUAUGUACAUGUCGAGCGUCAACAAGCAGCUGCUGGGAACGGAAACCAUCCAACAGCUGCGAUCCCGAGGCAUUCGGUCGGUAAUAUGCGGUCUCUCGGCCAAUGACAUUCGUGAGAGAUUCGUCAAGGCUGGCGCCGAUGAUUUCAUAUUGAAGCCAUUGCCGUGCAAACCGGACCAAUUGACGAAAAUGCUUGCCGAUCUUUUAUCGCUUCGUGCUGACGACGGAGGAACGAAUUCUGAAACGAUGGAUGCAUAAACAAACGAGCAACACGUACAUGAGAUUUACACACCUACACACAAACACAUGACCUGGUUUCUUCAGAACGAGCUAGGUUCUGCCCUGUCCCAUCCAGGACCCCGCUAUCACUUCGUGGGUUCUCCCAUUCAUAUUCAUAGAGCCUAAUGCACGCAUAAGGAAGCUAUUUGCACAACCGCUGAGAAAGCACGAUAGUAUUGUAGGAACAGCCCAGCCAUCUUGCAACAAAACAGGAAACAUAAGAGGCAGGCUGCAUAGUACCGGUA